AUGGCCCCGACCGGGCUCCUGGGGCUGUUGUUAGGGCUGUUGCUGUUGGGGGCUGUGAAAGCAGGGGGGGAACCCCCUCCCCAUGGUCACCAUGGCAACGGGGAGCAGCCCCAUCGCUGUGCAGAAGAAGGGGGAUCCCGGGGUCGUUAUGGCAACGAGGGGGGUGACAGGGAAACCCCUGGUCACCAUUAUCACUCUAGCGAUGGGGGGACCCACUGUCACCAUGGCAACGGGGAAGGCCACCACCGUGAGGAUGGGGAGCUCCGUUAUCACCAUGGCAACGAGAAGCAGCAGCAUCCUGACAGCAACAGGGAACCGCCCUCUCAUCACCAUUGCGACAGGGGAACCCCUCCUCGUCACCAUCAUGGUGAUGGAGACCCCCAUCAUAACCAUGGCAACCUGGAACCCCAUCAUCAUCCUCAUAGUGAUGAAGAGCAUCAUCAUCCCCACCAUGGGGACCUCCAUCAUCACCAUGGCAACAAGGACCCUUCUGAUGGUCCCCAUGGGGAUGAUGAAGGCCACAACCAUGACGGGGGGGAUGAAGGCUCCAACCUUCAUCCUCCUCCUCAGGACCACUCCAGCCACCUCCAUGAUGAUGAAGAUGAAGGCCACCAUCACCACGGGGAUGAUGAUGAAAGCCACCAUCACCAUGGCAAUGAAGGCCAGCGCCCCCAUGGCCAUGGUGACCCCCCCAGCUCCAAGGAGGAGGAGGAUGAAGAUGAUGAUGAAGAUGAUGAUGAUGCCUCCUCCAAAGAGGAUGAAGGGAGUGAGGAGGAGGAGGAGGAGAACGAAGGCCACUACCAGCCUGGCUCCAUCUGCCGCUACUGCACCUUAUGCAAGCGCUGCAAGCACUGCAGUAACUGUCCCUGUGCCGAGGGAGAGUCCUGUCCGCAGUGUGAGGGCUGCCAGUUCUGUUACCUGUGUCCCCUCCUGUGUGACACAGCCUGCCAGCCUGGCAGCCUCGUGGAUGAGCUCUCAGGGGCCUUCCUGCAGUCCCUCUCCAGCUUCUUUGAGGUACCAGAGGCCUGAAUGGAUUUAGGGGGGGCUUUUGGGGGGGACACACAUA